AUGGCCCCAACCCCCCCGGCGGCGUCGCCCUCGGCGGCCACGACCUCGAGCACCGACUCUAAGAUGGAGGUGUGGAAGGAGACGCUCUACGACCACUUCCAGAAGGCCGGCGACGAGAACCAGCUGUUUACGCAGUACGACAUCCUUGACUUCGACGUCAUCCCGAACCGUGACACCGUCACCCUCCUCAAGGUCCUCCAGAGCCUCACCAACGACCGCCUCCUCAUUGCCGUUUCCUCCCAGACCGGUCUUGCCUGGCGAUGGCGCUCUGUCGAAGAUGCGGAAAAAUACAAGCUCUGCUCGACGGACGAACAGCGCAUGGUCUACGGCGCAAUUGACGAGGCGGGCGGCGACGGCAUCUGGUCCAAAUCCAUCCAGAACCGCCUCAACAUGCACGACUCGGUCCUCAAGACGGCCCUCAAGCAGCUCCAGGGCAAGGGCCUCAUCGCCCCCUUCAAGAACGUCGAGCACCCCAACAAGCGCAUGUUCAUCAAGGCCUCCAUGCGGCCCUCGGAGCGCGCCACGGGCGGGCCCUGGUUCACCGACUCGGCCCUUGACGAGGCCUUCAUCGAGGAGCUGCAGCGCGUCAUCUUCGACUACGUCAAGCGUAAGAGCACCUACCUCAGCACCGGCUCCUCCGCCUCGGGCGCGACCCGCACCGCCGUGCCCAAGAAGGGCGUCCUGAAGGGCGGGCUGGACACAAAGGGCAGGAAGCGCAGCGCGGGGGAGAUCUCGGGAGCCGACGACGAGGCUGGCCCCAAGAGCGCCGUUCCCGCCGUCCAGCCGCCCAAAAAGGUGCCCACCAACCUGCCCCUCCCCGCGGGUUUCAAGGAGUAUCCCACCGUGCGCGAGAUUGCCCGCUUCAUCUCCCAGUCGGGCAUCACCUCGGACACGAUCCUCGGCGAGGAGGACAUGCAAAAGCUCAUCGACGUCCUCGUAUUCGACGGCCUCAUCGAGCCCAUCCGCGUCUCUGGCCGCCUGGGCUACAGGGUCACCCGCGCGCCCCGCCAGAGCACGACGAACUGGGCCGCCAGGCAGGACGGCGGGCCCGACGAGGGCGGGCCGGAACCCUUUGUCAACGGGUACACCGAGGCCCCCUGCGGCCGGUGUCCCGUUUUCGAUCUCUGCGAGGAGGGCGGCCCCGUGAGCGCGAGCAAUUGCGUGUAUUUCCAACGCUGGCUGGGCUUGGAAUGA